UUCUCACUUUACUCAGCCGUCGAACUACUCUCGAAAGUAAAGAAAGUCACGGGAGCAAGAUGCCCACCAUCUCGAUUAUCAGCCGUUGAAUCCAAAAUAUCAGAUUUGGGGCGGGUGCCAACCCAACCCGAGAACCCAUCUGUUUUUCCUUCCAGUACCAUCCACGCCUGCAGAUCCAAGCCAUCUGCAAAGCCCUCCCAACCGGCGCGGAGCAAAUGUCCGGUCAACUGCGCACCAUCUACCUCUUCCUCUAUAAUUCUGUUCAGGCCAUUGGAUGGGCAGUUUCACUUUGGAGAAUCUCCAUCAGCUUCGCUUCCAAAAAGUCUGUCAAUGGGGCCUACGCUUCUGCUGGAGAGCUAAUAUGUUUUCUGCAAAGUCUGGCAUUCUUGGAAGUCUUGCAUGGCGCUCUAGGGAUUGUUCCUAGUGGAGUUCUACUACCAUUGAUGCAAUGGGGUGGAAGAAUUCAUUUCCUACUAGCUCUCGUUCGCUCCAUCAAUGAGGUCCAAGAACUGCCAGCAGUUUUCAUAACUUUUUUAGCUUGGAGCUUAUCUGAAGUUAUAAGAUAUUCACAUUAUGCCUUGAAUUGCAUUAGCACGCCACCUUAUUGGGUCACCUUCAUCAGGUACACUGCUUUUAUCGUACUGUAUCCAAUUGGAAUUGCUCCCGGUGAAAUGUGGCUCAUGUACCAAGCACUUCCAGUUAUAAAAGAGAAAAAGUUGUAUACAGAUCGCCUCCCUUUCAGCUAUUAUAACUUUGUUGUGGACAUCUCAAGAUACGUAAAGCUACAUCAUUUUCAUUUUCAUUUACCCCAGUGCCGCAAAGGCUCCCACCUACGGUGGGGUAAGGGGGGUCGGAUGUACGUAGUCUUAUCCCUGUACUAAAGCACAGAAAGAUUGUUUCCGGAUGACCCAUAGUGAAAAUCGUGUCCAAAAUUGCAUGGACUGACUGCUGCUGCAUAACAAAGAAGCACAGACAGUUUAGUGCUGCUUCUCUUGUAUCCACUUUUAUGGCUAAAACUGUACCUUCACUUGUUUAAGCAACGAAGAUCGAAAUUGGGUAAACACCAGAAGAUAAAAAGAGGUUGAAUUCUAAGCUGCAUAGUUGUUGUCCGAUUUAAGUUCUUCACUUGUGUAUUAAUGUGUAGGUAUGAAAACCGAAUGUAACCUAAGCUGCGUUUUUAAUAAAAAAUGUAACAUUACCUUGUUACCCGCACGGAUAGCUCAGUUGGUCGAGUGGUGGGAGAUUUGGAUCAAUGGAUCAAGGUUCGAAUCCCCGCAGCGACCGGGUGGAGGUCACAGAACCUGAAAUAAGGCUGAGUCUCUGGUGCGCACGGGUGUAUGAGCGUACUGCCAUUCUUCUGACUGAGUCACCGUGACUAACCUCCCCACCAUCUUGUCGGGUCGGGGUGGGAGAUUCCCUUUUUUUUGGAUCAAUGUAACAUUACCUUGUUUACCAGUCUAAGUCUAAUGACUUCAUGACUAUCUUGGUCUUAUAGAAAACCAACAAAUUUAGUGAUUUGUUGGUCUCAUAACAACGUGCGUAACUU